AUGAAGCAAGACGAGGUUGAAAGAGAUGAUGAUGAUGCUGAGAAGAUCAAUGCUGAAAAAGAAAACAGAGAAAAAUUGGCAAAGAGUCAGGUGGUCGAAUUGGUUAAGACGGGAGAUCUUUUCCUCAACAAAACAGUUUUGAAAGCGAGGUUUGAGUUAUGUGCAAUGAAGCAUAACUUUCACUACACAGUUACCAACUCCAAUAAAUCAGUUUGGUGUAUUAGAUGCGCUGAUAAGGUGUGCUUUUGGGGUGCUCGAGCUGAGUGUUUGAAGGGCUCCACAUAUUUUAUUAUUAAGAAGUAUGUCGGUGUACAUUCCUGCGCACCUUCAAACAAAACCAGUGCCGGAAGGACAGCUUCAGCGAAAACGAUAGGCAAUCUGAUAAUGCAUAAAUAUGAAGGUAUCAAGGAAGGGCCUAAAGCGAAAGAUAUUGUUCAGAUUAUGCGCAAUGAUUAUGGAUGUGAGAUCUCUGAAUCUUUAGCAUGGGAUUCCCGUGAAUAUGCAGUCAACGCUGUUAGAGGUAUUCCAGAGGAAAGUUAUGGGAAAAUACCAAAAUAUUUGCACAUGCUGCGAGAGGCCAAUCCGGGUACACAUUCCUCUUACAAGACUGACGUCGAUGGUAGAUUUCGAUAUCUGUUUAUAGCGUUUGGUCAAUCGACCAGAGGCUUUAACACAGUCAUGAGGCGUGUCAUUGUUGUCGAUGGAACAUUCUUGAAGAGUAAAUUCAAAGGGGUGCUACUGGUUGCAACUGCUAUAGAUGGAAAUUCAAAUUUAUAUCCUAUUGCAUUUGGGAUAGUAGACUCUGAGAAUGAGCAGUCUUGGGAAUGGUUUAUGAGAGAAUUAAAAGUUGUUGUUGCUGAUGAUAAUGGUUUGGCUUUUAUUUCGGAUAGACAAGUGUCAAUAGCGAAGGCAGUGGAGAAAGUGUAUCCCCUAGCGAGACACGGGGAAGGGAUUAGCUGGGUUGAUUUCUAA